CCACCCACCCGGGUAAGGAGAGGAGGACAGCUGAGCGCAUCAGUAGUGCUCCGUGAGACAAGCCGUCCGACAGGUCUCAUCCCGUGCGCAGUCACCAUAGCUGCGGCUUGAUGCGGAAGCUUCGUAAUGGCGUCCUUGAAGCUUAAAGGGUGAUGCAGCAGAGAUGAGGGAUGCUGCUGCACCGAGCCUAUGCUCGAGCUUGCUGUACAGCCCUGAAUUAGGACAGAAAGCAACCACUGAUAGAUCUUGUAGCUGUCGGUCUGCUUGUCGUGUUUUCGUCAUUUCGUUCUUUCGUUGUGCUGGAUAAACGCGUGCGCAACCGGGCAUCAUGGGAGAGCUGUUCCGUAGUGAGGAGAUGACUCUGGCCCAGCUGUUCCUGCAGUCAGAAGCAGCAUACUGCUGUGUCAGUGAACUGGGAGAACUGGGUAUGGUGCAGUUUAGAGAUCUCAAUCCUGAUGUAAACGUUUUCCAGAGGAAGUUUGUGAAUGAAGUGAGGCGAUGUGAAGAGAUGGAUAGAAAGCUAAGGUUUGUGGAGAAGGAGAUUAAAAAAGCAAACAUCCCUACGGUGGACACCGGUGAGAAUCCAGAGGUUCCUUUUCCACGAGACAUGAUUGACCUUGAGGCAACAUUUGAGAAGCUGGAGAAUGAGCUCAAGGAGAUCAACACCAACCAGGAGGCCCUGAAGAAGAACUUUCUUGAACUGACUGAGCUUAAGCACAUUCUGAGACGUACCCAGCAGUUCUUUGAUGAGAUGGAGGAUCCCAACCUGCUGGAGGAGUCUUCCUCUCUGCUGGACCCCAGUGAGGCUGGGAGAGGGACACCACUGCGGCUUGGGUUUGUUGCUGGGGUGAUAAACCGCGAGCGGAUCCCCACCUUUGAGCGCAUGCUGUGGAGAGUUUGCCGUGGCAAUGUGUUUCUACGACAGGCUGAGAUUGAGGACCCCCUCGAGGACCCCACAACAGGUGAUCAGGUACACAAGUCAGUGUUCAUCAUCUUUUUCCAAGGAGACCAGUUGAAGAACAGAGUGAAGAAGAUCUGUGAAGGAUUCCGUGCGUCUCUCUACCCCUGCCCUGAGACCCCACAGGAGCGGAAGGAAAUGGCUGCUGGGGUCAACACGCGCAUAGACGACCUGCAGAUGGUGCUGAACCAAACAGAGGACCACCGACAGAGGGUCCUUCAGGCUGCCGCCAAAACCAUGCGCGUAUGGUUCAUCAAAGUGAGGAAGAUGAAGGCAAUUUACCACACAUUGAACCUCUGCAACAUUGAUGUCACCCAGAAAUGUUUGAUUGCUGAAGUGUGGUGCCCCGUCUCUGACCUGGACUCCAUCCAGUUUGCGCUACGAAGAGGCACGGAAAGGAGUGGCUCCACGGUUCCCUCUAUCUUGAACAGAAUGCAGACCAAACAGACUCCGCCCACCUACAACAAGACGAACAAAUUUACCUCUGGCUUCCAGAACAUUGUGGAUGCUUAUGGAAUCGGUACCUACAGAGAGAUCAACCCAGCGCCCUACACCAUUAUUACGUUCCCCUUCCUGUUUGCCGUGAUGUUCGGGGACAUGGGUCAUGGCGUGCUGAUGACCUGUGCUGCCCUCUACCUCGUCAUCAGAGAGAGCCGUCUGCUUGCUCAGAAGAGCGACAAUGAGAUGUUUAACAUGGUGUUCGCAGGCCGAUAUAUAAUCCUACUUAUGGGAAUCUUUUCCGUCUACACUGGCCUGAUCUACAACGACUGCUUCUCUAAAUCCCUCAACAUGUUCGGCUCAGGCUGGAGCGUCAAGCCUAUGUUUGGUGCCAAAGGAGGCAACUGGUCGUUUGAGACUCUCAAUGAAAAUGCAGUUCUGCAGCUUGACCCUGUUGUUCCUGGAGUAUUUGGCGGACCAUAUCCUCUGGGCAUCGACCCAAUCUGGAACAUUGCCACAAACAAGCUGACCUUCCUGAACUCCUUUAAAAUGAAGAUGUCAGUGAUUCUGGGUGUGAUUCACAUGCUGUUUGGAAUCAUUCUCUCACUCUUCAAUCAUCUAUACUUUAAGAAGCCCCUGAACAUCUUCCUGGGGUUCAUCCCUGAGAUCGUGUUCAUGAGCAGCCUCUUUGGUUAUCUCAUCCUGCUGGUCUUCUAUAAGUGGACAGCCUAUGAUGCAGCCACUUCCAAAGAUGCUCCCAGCAUCCUCAUCGCCUUCAUCAACAUGUUUCUCUUUAACUACAGCGAUCCGACCAACAAACCUUUAUACAGAGGACAAGUGGGGAUCCAGUCUCUAUUGGUUGUAAUCGCAUUGGCCUGUGUGCCCUGUAUGCUGGUGGUUAAGACCAUGGUGCUUCGUCGCCAGUACCUCUGGAAGAAGCACCUGUCCCAGAUGAGGGAGGAAACCCCUGCUGAGAAACUAGAAUCUUUAGAGCAGGCAGGCACCAGCUCACCCACCGGACUCACUCAACAGGGCACGCAGAAGUUCGGGGGCGUCCGGGUUGGGAACGGGCCCACCGAGGAUGAAGCUGAGAUCAUCGAGCAUGACCAGCUAUCCCAGCAUUCCGAGGAUGGAGACGAGCACUCAGACGAAGAACCGUUUAACUUUGGAGACGUAGCAGUUCACCAGGCCAUCCACACAAUUGAGUACUGUCUGGGCUGCAUCUCCAACACUGCCUCCUACCUGCGACUCUGGGCCCUGAGUCUGGCCCAUGCACAGCUGUCUGAGGUGCUAUGGGGAAUGGUUAUGCACCUGGGUCUGGCAUCUCGGAGUGGUGCCGGAUUCUUCGGCCUAUCUAUCAUUUUCCCCAUCUUUGCUACACUAACAGUGUGCAUCCUGCUUGUCAUGGAGGGGCUUUCAGCAUUCUUACAUGCUCUGCGAUUGCACUGGGUGGAGUUCCAGAACAAGUUCUACACAGGCCAGGGCUUCAAGUUUGUGCCCUUCUCCUUCGAGAGCAUCCUGGACGGCCGCUUGGAUGAGUAAAAUCACCCGGCACUUCUCCCAGCAGCCAGGUUUUCUCAGAUCCUAAGAUUUUCCCACACCACCUCUCUGCAUGGAGCUCAUCCAUAUCCUUUCUUCCUGUGCUGGUAGAGCUGCUCUUGUGAAGUGUCUGUAAGCUGUAAUCUUUGACCUCCAAAAUGUGCAUCAGGAAGCCAUUUUGUUUGUUUGGUGUCAACCCCCUCCCCCCCAAAAAUGCUGUAUUUUUUUUGUUUUUUUUUGUUUUUGUUUUUGGCUGUAUGCAUGUAUUUUGUAUGACUGUACUAUUCUUUAACCAUUACUGUUAUCGUGAUACUGAUGUGUAAUGAUAUCUUCAUUCUUUUUUUAUGCCUAAAGAAAGUACAUGGAUUUACUAUUAGAAACUGUACACCGAGAUAAAAACUGGGUUCAGAUUACCCAUAAAUUAGAACUAAGACAAGGUGACAGCUUGGUGGAUAAUGCCAAGUGAAUUGGUCAGCAAAGUACACAGAUAAGAAUAUGAUAAACCUGAAUGUAACAGAUAUAUAUGGUGAUAAUGUAUUGAAAACUGAUGUAUUCAAGGGUUAAGUCAAAGAGUUCAUAAAGUCUACUUCACAUAAUUCCCUGAACAUUGGAUGUUGUUGCGUUCUUUAGACAUAAGAAAACCUCACUGAUCAAAGACGUUCCAGGAAAGCAUAGAGGAUCUCCAUGCCACUGUAGAAAAGGCUCGUCACAUUGUUACUGGUCCCUCUGAUCACAGUGCUCGUGAUGCGGGCGUUUGACUGUUGAAGGGAGGAAGCAGAAACAGAUGUUUCCUUUGGAAAGGAUGUGAGCUGACCAUUCUGAGCUUUCUUCAAGUCUGGUCCAAGCUUUCUGAGAAUACGACACAGUUUGCAUUAACGUAGCAUGGCUUUGAUGGGAGUGGUAACAUGAACUGCCAUACCAGAUAAUGGCCAGAUUUGUGAAACCAUUAAAGUUCUUGUGUGCUGCUACCUCUCAUGCCACCAGAUUAACACCACAUAAUCACUAGUGUUUCAAUAAUCUGGUGGCAGGUUUAACAAACAGCAUCUCAAAAUCUUUGACAGACAGCUAGAAGAAGAUCCAUAUACCAGUGUUGUAGUUUUGAUGUGGGUGUGUGCAUGUGUGUUCAUUUGUGCAUUUUCAGCAGUUAUACAUAACUGUACAAGCUCACUAAUGCUGUGUGCUUUGUGAUUGUAGUAGGAAAAAUUCUGUGCAUUUCAUUGUAGUUUAGUGUUGACCGUGGUCCAAAAUACCUAAUAAAAGAGGUGCCCUGUAUUCUUGAUCAAAAUGGUAUACUGUAUGUUGGAAUGGUGGGUGUAUGCAUGUACCAUAAGAGAGGAUAAUUCAAAGCAAUGUUGUUUGUGGGUGUUUGUUAAAAAAAAAAAAAAAAAGAAUUGUGCACAUUAGCAGAAAUGCACUAUUAAAGAGAACCUGCUGGGAGAAAUCCA